UCCAGGAAGUGUUGUAAAGGGUGCUAAAAGCUCCGCAGAUAAUGGCCAAAUAUACCUGACCAGAACAGCUGUCAUAGAGACUUUUAACCAUAUUUACUGUCGUCGUUAUUACACGAGCUACAUCCAAUUGUGUAUCCAUCAGCAGUUCAUUUGUCGGCGGUUUGAACCUUUGACUGGACAGGAUCAUCUGAAGCGAGGAGCCGUCCUGGGCGUGUUUGCUCUCAGAUCUGUGUAUUUGAUGUGCAUGGCCCUUGGUGUGGGAGCACCAUGAGCGGGGAGCCUGAUGCCUUGGCUGUGGUGAAUCAGCUGAGGGACUUAGCUGCUGACCCCCUCAACAGGCGAGCUAUUGUUGAAGAUCAAGGCUGCUUGUCAGGCCUCAUUCUCUUCUUUGACCACCCCAAUCCACAAGUCGUCUACUCUGCGCUGUUGGCGGUGCGCUACCUGGCAGAAUGCCGCGCCAACAGGGAGAAGAUGAAGGGCGAGCUGGGAAUGAUGCUGAGCCUGCAGAACGUCAUGCAGAAGGGCACGUCGCCAGGCGAGACCAAGCUGCUAGCCUCUGAGAUCUACGAGAUCCUGCAGAACUCCAGCAGUGCGGAGGCCGAACAGGCGGAAGCGGCCGCCUCUUGCCGAAGAAAAGCCCAGUUUUUUCUGGGUGCAACGAACAAACGGGCCAAAACGGUGGUGCUUCAGAUCGACGGGCUCGAUGAUUCGGCUCGGAGGAGUCUUUGUGAGGAAGCCCUGCUUAAGAUCAAAGGUGUCAUCAGCUUUACCUUCCAGAUGGCUGUGAAGAGAUGUGUGGUGAGGAUCCGUUCAGACUUGAAGGCCGAGGCCUUGGGAACUGCUAUAGCUUCAACCAAAGUCAUGAAGGCACAGCAAGUAGUGAAGGGUGAAGAUGGAGCAGAGAUUGUAAUCCCAUUCCAAGAGGACUCGGAUGUAGUGGUCGAGCAGAACAUAAAUUUGCCGGAUUACCUGCCUGAGGACGAGAGCCCGUCUCAGGAGCAGCACAAGGCCGUGACGCGCCUGGGCUCCAUGCAGGAUGGCGUGAGCUGGCUGAGCACGGCUGCCAACUUCCUCUCCCGCUCAUUUUACUGGUGACCCCACGACUCCCCGCAUGCCCCACCCUCGACGUGCCAGACUGCCGAGCGCAUCCGCAAUAAACUUAUAACCUUGUUCCAACUUUAAAAAAAAAAAAAAAAAAAGGCAGCCACAACCGGCGGCUGUAAAUGGUACGCGAUCCAACCUGCUCCUGAAACUCACGUUAGCGCUGCAUACGCACCACACGAGACACUAAAACCAGAGAGCAACCGGGAGAAGUUCACAGAAAGCAUUUUGUGUGUGUAUCUGCUCUCUCUUAUUCACCUUUUUUGUUGGGUCAGGGGAAGGUUUUCAAACGAUUCGCCCCAGAUUUGCCCCGGGUUUGUUUGUGUUGAGACUAAACAACACCUUGGGGGUUUCGCAAGGCAGGUCGUAUUUUUGAGGUUUUCUAAAUUUCUACAAAUUUGGGUGCUUUCUGAUGUGUUCUAGCCCUUCAUCUCAGCUCAACUUUUUUUGUUUUUCAAUUAUCCUGUUACUUUAUUCAUCAGCACUUUUCAAAGCAUGCCUUUUUUUUUUUUUUUCCUUCGUUCCUUCUGUGUGUGCCUUUGCUACGUAGCUUUUGUUCAUUUUCUCAUUUUAAAUCCUGUUUAUUUGCUUCGUCUGAACUUCUAAAGCCUUUGAAGAUGUGAUUUUUAGGUUUGAAAUGUGUAGUGAUGGUUCACUCUUCCUCACAAAGCUGAUUUCACAUGAAACACAAUUAAAACACCACAACUGGUUGGUGUGCAGUAAUAAAAAUUAACGGUUUAACGCCUCCACUAAAGGGAAGCUACAAGGAAAUAGCUGUUACUAUGUGUGUAAUACUAACCUUUUAUGUUACAGCAUGUGCCAAACACCAGAUAACCUUCUUUACACUUGCGAAUUAUGAGUAAAAUAGCUUGUCCCUUUUUUGUACCUUUCUUAAACGUCAAUGCAGUUUUCCUUUAUGCCAUGCUGACUAUUUAUAAAAUGAUUUUUCUUUUGUGUAUUCCUAAAUACCAUAAAUCUGAAUGUUUUGUUCAGGGCCUUUCAUACAUAUGGUCAUUUUUAAUGCUAGCCAAAAAAAAAAUGUGCCCGUCACCUCUGCAUGACCAUCACCCUUCGCCUCUUUUUCUUAAAUCUCCCUGACCGACGGUGUCUUUUAACAGUUUAGAUAAUCGACUGACCUCACAUAUCGCAUUAAGGACGUUCAGUCCGCUCAGGGAUGUGUGUACGUAUGUCGUUCCCAAAAGGAGACCUGCACACAUCGAUAUCGAAAUGAGUUAAACCAGUAUAUGUUCUUUCCUAAAUGUACCUGUCUUUUAUUUUCACCUUGUUAUGCUGGAAAACUUGGGUUGUUGUAAGUAUCAGUGUUUGUUUGCACCCUUUUGUAUUGUUCCUCAUAAUUAGCAAUGCUUUAAGACUGUUUCUUAACCUUUAUCAUGUCGGUUCACUUUGAGGAUUUGUUACACAGACAGCAUUAGUGUACAGGAUUGAGUCACACCAUGGUUUUAGUUGGGUCAAAGAUGAGAUAGAGGCCAUCAGUGUUAUAUUUAUGAACAAAAUCCAAAUUGAAACAAGUUUUGCAUUUUCUGUGUUUUUAUUUCCCUCAUCUUGUACUGUAUAUCCUCCUUCCUUGAAGCGUUUUAAGCUACUGUUCACUGUUAUUCCAAGAACGCAGAACCAGAGCCCAUGGCAGAUGGUAGAUUUUAGUAGCUUCUCAUGUACAGUGCAUAUUCGCUGUUAUAUACAAAGAGUUUUAGGACACACGAUUCUUGGCUGUUCACAGUAAUGACAAGGAUUAUUAAAUAGAUAAAAUAAAUAUGGCUUCUUGUGUU